AUGUGGAUCGACGGCCUUGCCCUUUUGUGGGGCAGCGUCUUCGAUGUGCGGUCGAUCUUAUACCUUUUCGCCGUCAUCGUGAUUGCCCUCGUCGGGGCACUCGUCUUCACCUUCGGUCCUAUGCUGUUGUCCCAGUACACGUCCAAAUUGAACAACCUGCCCGGACCCAAAAGCACGAGCUGGAUCUACGGCCAGAUGAAGCGCAUCCAUGGCGAGAGCGAGGCAUCCGUCGUGCAAGAGACCUGGGUCAAGGAGUACGGCUCAGAAACCCUUAUGUAUAACGGACUUUUGAACAUCCCUCGUCUGUGGACCCUCGACUUGCGCGCGCUCAACCAUAUCCUUACUCACUCCAACGACUAUCCCAAGCCGGAGGUGGCAAGGCGUGCUCUCUCCAACCUGCUCAGCGACGGCCUCCUCAGCGCAGAAGGCGAGCUGCACAGACAACAGCGGCGGGUGAUGAACCCUGCCUUCGGUCCCGCGCAGAUCCGCGACUUCACAGAGACGUUCCUCGACAAGUCCAUCGAGCUUCGCGAUGCCUGGAUGGGCGAAGUCGAGAAGAACGGGUCCCCCGCGCGGAUCGACGCCCUGAGCUGGCUGAGCCGCGCGACGCUGGACAUCAUCGGCCUCGCGGGCUUCAACUACCACUUCCACUCGAUCAACCCGGAUGGCAAGCCCAACGAGCUCAACGAGGCGUUCAUCCACAUCUUCAGCCCGAAGACCAGCGUCAGCGUCAUCGCCGUGCUCCGCAUGUUCUUCCCGAUCUUCCGUUAUGUGCCCAAUAUUCAAGGCCGGCGCGUGGCGCGCGCGAAGGCGGUGAUGCGCCAGAUCGGAAUGGACUUGAUUGCGCAAAAGAAGGCGGAGAUCGCGGAGGAGAAGGGCGUGGUGACGAGCGAAAGGUCGGGCAGCAUGCGCGGGCGCGAUCUCCUCACGCUCCUCCUCAAGGCUAACAUGGCCACGGACAUCCCCGACCACCAGCGGAUGCCUGACGAGGACGUUCUCGCGCAAAUCCCCACGUUCUUCGUCGCCGGCCACGAAACGACGAGCACAGCGACUACGUGGUGCCUCUUCGCGCUCACGCAGGCACCAGGUGUCCAGACCAGGCUGCGCGAGGAGCUCCUGGCGGUGCCCACCGACAUGCCGACGAUGGAGGAGCUGAACGAGCUUCCGUAUCUGGACGCCGUCGUGCGCGAGACGCUGCGCCUCUACGCGCCCGUGCCGAACACCAUGCGCCAGGCGAGCAAAGACGACGUGAUUCCUGUCGCGGAGCCGUUCGUCGACCGGCACGGAGUCACGCAGGACAGCAUCCGGAUUUCCGCAGGCGACAUCGUGCUGAUUCCGAUUAUCGCGCUCAACCGGUCGAAGAAGCUCUGGGGCGAGGACGCUGCGGAGUUCAACCCGAACCGGUGGCUCGGCGAGGGGCUUCCCGACGCUGUCGGCCCCGUCCCCGGGGUGUGGGGCCACAUGCUGACUUUCCUUGGCGGCCCCAGAGCCUGCAUUGGAUAUCGUUUCACUCUCGUCGAGAUGAAGGCGCUCAUCUUCACGCUCGUGCGCCGCUUUGAAUUCGAGCUCGCCGUGCCUGUCGAGGACGUGGAGAAGAAACAGGGUGCCGCUGUGCAGCGUCCGCGCCUCCGCAGCGACCCAGAGGCGGGUGGGCAGCUCCCCUUGCUCGUCAAGCAGCACCACGCGCUGUGA